AUGGCGCAUCAAUGCGGCAUUUGCCAGGAGGAGUUUGUGCAUUUGCUUCCCGAGGCCCAACGAGCCGCACCAACGGCGGUAAGGACUGAGAGGCGAAGACAAGGGCGACAGCAUGAAGGGCACAUUGCGCCUGACAUACAAGGUGAUCCCAUCCGGCCCAUCCGUGCCACUGGUCCUUUGAGCCAGCUGCCGACGCCCAUUUUGGAGGUCUUCAACGACUGGGCUCUUCAGGAGCCUCCCAUCUUCCGCGUGCCCAGCCGAGUUUUGUUGGCUGCGGUGCCAUGGGAGGAUUUGGAAUUUGCAUGGCAGAAGGGCCUGCUGUGGGCAAUUUCCAUUGGAAUCAAGGACACCUUCACGAAAGAAGAUCAAGAGCGCUGGCUGCAAAUGCUGGGCAAGCCGGAGGAACAGGAUAUACUUUUAUCUCCCCUGCAGCCAGAGUUGAAUCCGGAUUUGUUGGUGGCGAUUUUGAAGGCCUUGAAGUCGGCUACAACUCACGAAAUCUUUCGCUUUGCCCGUGGCACUUGGAAUCACCAAGCAACGGCACAGAAGUGGAAAGCAUGUGCAGACCAAACCCAGGGCCGGGUCCAGGUCAGACAAAACAAUCAAAACAGAGACAAGUGCCAUGUGUCCCUAAGAGGACACGUGGCAGAAAAGAUAGAUUUGUUCAGUCAGGAGGACUUUGUCUUCAGGUUUUUGCAGAAGGUGGACGGCGAGAUUUUCCAAUGCCUCGGGAGCAUUGCGGAAAGCAUGUACUACUACGGUCCAUCUGACCAGUGUCCAGUGGACAAGCCUAUGUGCUACAAGCUGACUGAAGCUGCCAUCCAAGCUGGACACAUCCGGAAUUUGUCCAAUCCGAAGGUGGGCGAGUCUGCCAAGAGUGGUAGAGACAGCCGGUUGGUUGUGAAGCUUCAGCUGCAUGAGUCCAUGGUUCGUGUCGUUAACGACGACCGCUCAGGUGCAUUCGAUGGAGCCCAGGGCGACCCAGUGCCCAGUGGGCAGCGUUUCCGCUUGGUGCCAUUGGAGAAGAUCGAACCCACGGCAGGCUCAGUUCAAGCGGCCCAAUCUCAGCAGAGCCAUGGCGGUGCCUUUGCCCGAGGCAUUUGCAGCAGGUGGAUGAAAGGCCCAUGUCAUUGGGGAGCAGAAUGCAAAUACAUCCACCUCCAUGAAGCAGCCAAGAAUGAAUGCCCACUAUCAGACGGGCUGCAAGACUCUUGCGACAUCAGCAAUGCCAAGCUUCGGGAUGUAGUCUGGCGGAAUAUGAAGAAAGGCCAGUUGCGAACUCCGCUGAUGGAGCUUCUCAACAGCUUGCGGGAAGAGCAUGGAGUCGGGAGUGACAACAUAGAGAUUCUUCAGAUUCUUCAAACGGAGAUCCUGAAAGAGAAUUUGGUGCUUUUGGUAGCAGCUUCCUCUUCCGAAAAGGCUCAUCGUUGGGGGAGCGAGGUUUUACACAAUUUGGCCGCAUCCAUUGAUAAGAGUGAAGUUUGCGUCCUGGUGUCGCCUGUGCUGAAGAAACCCCCUGCAUCAUUGAUGGAGUGCCUCAUGGCAUAUUGCAAGCAGGAACUGCUAAGGCCGUCCUUCCUAAAUCUAAGGAAGGUUUGCCUCUCGUGCUUCGCGUUGCGCAUCACUUUCCAGGGCUUUACCAAACUUGCAAAAUAUGUUGGCUAUUUCAUCAUCCGCGCGGAGUCGAAACGGAAAAGUGGUUGGGCAGUUGGCUGUCAUGGAGUGAAGUUCCAGCAAAGGUGGGCCCCAUCGAAUAAUCUUUCUAGCAACAUAGCACAGCGCAAAGACGAUCUGGAGAAGUUUGCAGGAACCUCAUCAGCAUGGCCCUCUGUGGGUGUCUUGCUGGAAUCUGCACGACUCUUUGGCCCCAAUUCCUUGCGACCAAACGCCGAGCGCCGCAGUCGUUUGGCUGCCCUGCUGUGUUUGCUACAAGACAUCGAGGGAAAAGCUGAGGAGCGUAGCUCUGAUUCUGAUGAUGGAGAUGUGGGAGAUGAAAUGGAAUUUGAAUCGACUUCGUCCAGUGACAACUUUCAGAUGAUGGAUCCUUGGCCCGUUCCUGAUGUUGAGCAUCAUGCUUGGCCGCUGCACAUGGAUGAUUAUUCAGUGGAGGAUUCCUUGACCUGGAUUUGCCGUCAUGUACGUCAGAGGCUUGGACCAUUGCAGGGAAAGCGCGUGAUUCGAUUGACUUCAGGUCAGUACAUCCUUUCGAUUUUUGUCAACAAGCUGGUCUAUGGUUUAGAACCCAAUGCUACUGGUUCACUGGAUCCAGCCAGGGUGGAAAGCCUGCUGGCUGCGCUGCAAUCCAUCGGCGCUGGAUCGCCUUCGCUACCGCACCAGGCUUCCUAUGAUCUCAUCCUGGCUACGCUGGUUGCAUAUUUUCGCCGGCAUUUGCUUUCAACUCCUGCGCCCUCAUGCCCCAGCAGCCAGGAGAUUCUGGCAAGUCUGUUGACUGCCAAAGCCUUGGGCCGUGGCCAGGGGCGGCGACAUAGCUUGAGACACAGCAUCCUCGGCUUGUUGUGCCGACACCCGAAGCUGCGCGGGAGAAUCUGUAGCGUUUGCCGCGGGGGAAGUGUGGCGAUGGCCUUGGACACAACCUCCUCAGAUCAUGACAUUAUUUUGUGCUUGAAGGAUGGAGGUGUGAACAUGGUGGAGGAGCUCCAUUCUGUGAUCUUGGACACGAAGGAAGGUUGUCACCAAGAACGGCUCCAACGAGCAGAAGUGAUCAAGAAAGAUUUUGCUGUGGAGAUUCGGAACUACUACCGGAAGGUGGACUUCGAUUUAGUACCUGUGACCCUCCUGGAAAGCCAAGAGCAGCAGUGGGACCCGCAGCGCCAAGUCUGGCAGUCCUUGCUGCAUCCCCGCUUGGCGCCUCACAUUCAAGGUCUCAGUGAAAAACACCCGGAUGCAUUCUUUGCAAUGCGGCUGGUGAAAAUUUGGAAUCAGUCUAUGGAUUUCCGUCAGGGCAAACCUCCCCUUGUCACUUUGCACAUUCCAUUGCUCACCCUCAGUGCUUGGGAGCGCGGCUGCUUGAAUGAUUGCCACUUUGUUCAGGAUUACCUGCUCAGGAUCUUCCAGUACAUUUUGGAAAAUUGGCUUCGAGAGCAUCUCCUGGACAGUGAGACCAUGCUGAUAGGACUGGAAGUGGAACCACACUUGCAGAGGAUGAUUGGCAAAUACGACGAGGCCACACGGCAGCGGUUCCCUGUGGCGCUUCAGCAAGGCAUCCAGUUGCUGAGCGGCAGUGAUGGAAUAGCCCAACAGCUGGUGGAUUCCGCGUGUCAGCUCUUUGGUUGCCGACCCUUGCUUUGCCGCAACGCCUGCAGCCGUUGA